CACUUCCCCUCAAAACCCUAGCGUAUCUCUCUCUCUCUCUCUCUCUCUCUCUCUCUCUCUCUCUCUCUUCGAAGCAACAAUGGCGGGCCAAUUUUUGGACGAAGCGACAACGAAAGAGGUUCUUCGCCAGGUGGAGUUCUACUUCAGCGACAGUAAUCUUCCAAUCGAUGAUUUUCUCAAGAAAACCGUCACUGAAAGCGAGGAUGGAAUGGUUAGUUUGGCAUUGAUAUGCUCCUUCAGUAAGAUGAGAGGUUAUUUGAAGCUGGGUGAUACAAAAGCAGAGGACAUUCCGGAAGAUAAACUGAAGGCUGUUGCUGAGACUCUUCGGACCUCUUCGGCCCUCAAGGUUUCAGAAGAUGGGAAGAAGGUUGGUAGGGGCUCAACAUUGUUGAAGCUGGAAGAGUUAAUGGAGCAACUAAAUGUGAGAACCAUAGCUGCAUCACCGUUUGCAUAUGAUGCUAAAAGGGAAGACUUGGAAACCUUUUUUGGUCAUUAUGGACAGGUUAAUAGUUUGAGGUUGCCCCGUCAUGCAGCAGACAAGAGGAUAUUUUGUGGCACUGCCUUGGUUGAGUUCUCUUCUGAAGAUGAGGCCCAAAAGGUUUUGAAGCAGAAUUUGGUCUAUGCGGGCUUGGAGUUGGAAAUGAAACCAAAGAUGGAAUUUGAUGAUGAAAGGGAAAAAGAUGAAGAAAAAUUUGCUAGUUUCCGCUCCCAAAAGGGUUCGAAUAAUAAGAAUGGUUCUGGUUCCGAAGCAAAUUAUCCCAAGGGUUUGAUAGUUUCGUUCACGCUUAAGCGCUCGGCUGAAGGGGAUUCUACAGAAGCAAACAGUUCUGAGGAGCCAUCGAAAAAUACUGUGGAUGGAAGCGAAUCAAAACCAUCAGAUAAUGUUGAUGAUAAAGAGAACGCUGGUGUGGAUGAAGAUGAUGAGAAGUCUUCUGGUGUUUCUCUCGGAAAUGGGGAGAAAGAAGAAAAAGGAGCAGCAAGAGUCCAUAAGGACAAUAAGAAUGUUGUGUUGCGUGAAGACCUCAAGGCUGUUUUUGGAAAAUUUGGUGAUAUCAAGUAUGUCGAUUUCAUGAUGGGAUCUGAGUCAGGAUACAUUCGGUUCGAUGAACCUGAAGCAUCUCAGAAAGCUCGUGCUGCAGCUGUUUUAGCUCAAGAAGGUGGAUUAGCCGUGAAGAAUUUUAUAGCUGUCCUAGAACCUGUUACUGGCGAAGCCGAGAAGGAGUACUGGGACCGUAUCCGUGGUGAUGGAGACCGGUUCUUUAACAAGGGUGGCCGAGGGAGGGGAGGAAAGCAUCAUAAAGGAGGAAGGUUCGGGCGAAAGAGAGGGUCGGAUUCCCCGAGGGGCCGUCCAAACAAGGCUCAGAAAGCUUGAGAGCACAAGAGAGGGGGUUAGCUUUAUGAAUCGAUUUGCCUCUCUUUUGUUUUUGUUUUUGUUUUGGUAAACCUUGUUUUUCCCCAUAUGCUUUUGCUUUUGAGUCGCAAUGUUCUGAAAGCUUAUUUACUUGUGGCUGUGUUCCACUGUUGACAAAAAAACAAAUGGUCGCAGUUUUAGAGUUAUUGAAGCUGCAAUUGCGAUGGCAAAGGCAAAAACUUUUGAGGUAUUUCAUUUUGGAAAAGGCUCGAUCAAGUGUCUUUGA